AUGUCUGAGGACAAGGAAGCCCAGGAGGAUGAGCUGCUUGCAUUAGCAAGUAUCUAUGAUGAGGAGGAGUUCCACCGGGCAGAUUCGGCACAGGGGGGAGAGAUCCAGUUCUGUCUAGAGCUCCCUCCUGAUUUCAAAGUUGUUGUCAAAGGAGAGAAAACUGAAUAUCAUGUCUGCUUCUUGCCUCCUUUGGUGCUUAACUUUGAGCUUCCUGCUGACUAUCCAUCCAUGUCCGCACCAAUCUUCACGCUCAGCUCUAAAUGGAUGACCAGAGCACAGAUGAGCUCUCUGUGCAGACGCCUGGAUGAGCUGUGGGAGGAGAACCAAGGCUGUGUGAUUCUUUUCACGUGGAUCCAGCUCCUGAAAGAGGAGGCUCUGGACUUUCUGGGAAUCCAGUCUCCUCUUGAAGUCACAAGGGGAGGAAGUAAGGCAGGCGGUGAGCGCAGGAAAACAGACCCUGCAGCCACAGCUCUGACGCAGAGUGGGAAUCAUUCUGAAAACAGUGAGGAGAACAAAAGAGAGGACAAGAAGAAGGGCAAAUCUGAACCGCAGUUGUCUUCGUCUUCUCAACUAGACCCGCGGGCCGUCCUGUUGAUGGAUCCGCGCGCCGACCUCCUACCUCAGCUCCUGGAUUUUGACGAAGCGCAGCGACAGAGAGUGUUUGACAGCAAGGUGUUCUGCUGUGGGAUAUGCUUUGUAGAGAAACUGGGCUCCAACUGCCUCUGCUUUAAGGAGUGCCAGCAUGUCUACUGCAAGGCCUGUAUGACUGAAUACUUCCAGAUUCAAAUACGGGACGGCAACGUUCAGUGCCUUAAUUGCCCUGAGCCCAAAUGUACCUCCUUAGCCACACCGCUGCAGGUGAAGCAGCUGGUAGAUGAGCAGAUGUUUGCCCGUUAUGACCGUUUGCUGCUCCAGUCUAGUCUAGAUCUCAUGGCCGAUGUGGUCUACUGUCCCCGCCCUUCCUGCGGCACUGCUGUUAUGGUGGAGCCAGACACAACCAUGGGUAUUUGCUCGGCCUGCCAGUAUGCUUUUUGCACACUGUGCAAGUUGGGCUAUCAUGGUCUCUCCAACUGUAAAAUCCCUGCAGCUGAAUUGCGUAACCUCCGAGAUGAGUACCUGUCUGCCACAACGGAGGGGAAAAAGUUCAUGGAGCAACGCUUUGGGAAGAGGGUGAUCCAGAAAGCAGUGGAAGAGUCCUUUAGCAGAGACUGGCUCAAUGAGAACUGUAAAAGCUGCCCACACUGUGGAACCAACAUACAGAAAGUGGAUGGCUGUAAUAAGAUGACGUGUACCUCUUGUAGACAAUACUUUUGUUGGCUGUGCCUGGGCCUGCUCAGCAAAGUCAACCCGUACAGUCACUUUAACAACCCCAAUUCACCUUGUUACAACCAGCUCUUCCAAGGUGUGGAUCUCGAUGAAGAAGAUGCCUUCUGGAGUGAUGAGGAGGACUGACAUUAGCGCAGUACCUCAGUACCGUUUGAAUGCACUUUAUCUCACAUAACUAUCUUCACCUGUGGCACUCACUACGCCUGCAGUAGAACAACAGUGCCACUAUCCCUAUCUACCGUGGCAUCAUUAUUUAUGUUUGGAAUAUAGUCAGGCAUCUUAGGUAUAAAACAUUCAGUGCAUUGUUCCUGUUUACUUAAUAUAUGACAUAUAUCAUGUAUGUGAAGUUUUCUUUCAGGAAUGAGAGAACGAGAACAGUUCAAGCUUUAUCUCAAAGAGAAAUAGAAUCAUUUUGGUAAAAGUAGGCAUUUUCUUAAAUAUUCACUCUUAUGGUUAUGACCAUCAAGGAUACAUACUUGGAUACGUAAAUUGGCCUUUUAAAUAUGAGUGUCAUGGGACUGGAAUUUUUAUUCAAGACUUAAAGCAAGUGAACAGAAAACGAAAUUUGGUUGAAUUUCUCUUUAUUAUACAGUAAUGAGAUAAGAGUAUGUACUUUCUUCUGAAUUGGAUGUACACUUCAUGAUCAGGUUUGACAUCCCGCAGGCUAAUGAUCAAGGGCUGAUACUUGAACCACUGACUAAGCUCAGUUUGGUCAAUUCAAGGUGUUUACUUCCAGUUAGCUAGCAACCAUUCCCUCUGAGUGUGAUACUGAAAAGACGGACUCCACUUUUGCCCUUUGUCAUACUAAGUAUCUUGCUUGUUGUAAUGAGUAUCUACCCUCUGGAUAGCUUUCUGUCACCUGUCAACGUAUGACAGUUAAACCUUUCUGCUAACAAACUUCAAGGUGGAUAAUAAAGUGAAUUUCAUGAUCCAACCAAGACACAGCAUUAAGAUACAGGCUUAAAGCAAUGGAGGCAAACCUGGAGAUUUGUCACCCAGCCAUAAUUCCAAAACGACUGAGGUUUUGUUGUUUGUUUCAGCUUUAGGCUGUUUUGGUUGACUACCCGAAUGGGAAAUCCUCAGACUGUUAAUUUCAGGCUGGGUCUUUUGUCAGGAAUUACAUUUUUUCUUUUCUUCUGAAAUUGAUCUUUAGAUCUGCGUUCUCAUGAGACGAGUUUACAGAAUCGUGUAAGUCUAGCCAGCAAAAAGUGGGAUUUCAUGAGAUAGUUUGUGUGGAAUGGUUUCAUAAUUAUUUAGAGUCACAUGUAUUUGUCCAUAUAGAAUGUAAUAAAGGAGAACACUGCAGUAAAUAUUCAUGAAAGUAGAUCCUUUGAUGGAGUUACUAGGAUUGUGAUGAUUGUGUGUGUGUGUACUUGCUGGAAAAACCAAAUCAUUCAGGGACUGUGGUGUGAGAAAGAAAAAUCCUCACUUGGUAAAUAGCCAAGGCAUUUAGGAAUGAUAUUUCACUUGAUUUAAUUUACACGCUCCUUUGUACAACUUUUAUUUUAAUGUUGCCAAACAUUAGUGUCAAAGAGAGGCCAUACAAUCUUGAUAAUCUCUAGAGAUCCAAAAAUUAUUGUGUAUAAUGUUAAUUUAUUUUCAUUUUGACUGGUAAUAAUACACUCUCACUUCAGUUUGCACAUUCACUUUCCCAUCAAAGGAGAGCCACUGUUGCUUCAUGUCUCAUGUAAGAAAUGUUUGAUUACAGGGACUGGCAAAAUUCUGUUGAAAUGCAUUCAGCAUACUGUUCCUCAAAAUAAAUGUUAGCACUUAA